UUGUUGUUCUCACAGAGAGUGCAGGCAGCACGCUAUAGUGGCGUGACCAGCGAACGUAGCUCGGGUAAGUUAUAUAAAGCUGCAAGGACCAUCCUUCAGCGUAGUGCUGACUGACAGUCGAGUCACUGGUCCCGCUCUCAGACCUUUUGUUAUCAGUGCGCUCGAAACAUCUGAAAACGUCAACAACUCGUGUUGCUUUUCAGAAUCUCCAAUCAUGAUCGCACGGUGUGUGCUCCCAGUUUUGGUGAUCCUCGCUGGCCUAUCAUGGUGCAGUGAUGCAGCACCAGCUCAACUAGCCAGUUCUUUCAUUGCAUCGCUGGGUGAACUAUCAAAGCGGGCCAAAAGAGAAUCACCACCAGUCCUGCCCAUCGAGGAUGUGCCCCUAAAGAUUCGAGAAAUGCAAGUGUCAUCAUCGGUGACAGCCCGCUUUACAAAGACGGUUGUGGAGUGCACUGUAGCCAAUGAUGCCCAUCAGAGUCAGGAAGUCAACUUUUACAUGGAACUCCCCAAAGAGGCCUUCAUAUCUGGAUUUCUGAUGUAAGUGGAAUAUCUUGCAGGACUUCCUUAAUAGUGAAACAUAAAAACGCUUGCUGAUGAUAGUGUUGAAGGCAGUGGGGUCAUGCAGUUGUGCUGUUCAGAGUCACUGUAAAUGCGGAGUUGAUAGUGUUAAUUGGCAUCGUACUGACAGUAGUUAUGACAACUAAGGGUGCUUUCUUGGGCAUUGGCAUCUUUGUCAG